AACAAAAUUCUUUUCCCUUGCGGUCGGUAGUUGACUUGAAGUCCCAAGUGCUGCUGUCGAAUUUAUUAUAAUGGGCAACCUAAAUACCAUCCAUGCUGCUGCUGCACCUAUAAAACCAACAGUUGAAAGUGCUACUGUAGCACCAUCAAUUACUGCACCUGCACCAUCAUCUCAACAAAAGGAACAAAAUGCGCCUUUAUCUAGUUCCUCUAAAAAUCCCGGAGUUUUUGAAGAUUUGCAUAAAAAAUGCAAAGAGUUGCAACCUGGAAAUUUUGAUGGCUUUCGAUUAAUGGUUAAUAAAGGACUCAGUAAUAACUUUCAAGUGAGUCAUACUUUAAAUCUAUCUAGUGCUCCUCAAUUAACGUCAUACCAUUUUGGGGCAACUUAUGUUGGAGGAAGUCAGUCAAAUCCUGCUGAGGCCACACCAGUAAUACUUGGUGAUAUAGACAAUAGUGGGAGUUUGAGUGCACAAAUCAUACAUCAAUUUAAUAAACGUAUUAAAGGAAAAUGUGUUGUCCAGACACAACAAAAAGAAUUUGCCAUGGUUCAAGCAGAUGUAGAUUAUCGUGGUGACGACUUUACAACUACUUGUACUCUUGGGAAUAUUGAUAUUUUAAAUGAAUCAGGAAUAAUUGUUGCUCAUUACCUUCAACGUGUUACAGACAAUAUUGAUAUUGGGACUGAGUUGCUUUAUCAUUAUGGUCAAGGGCAGCAGUCUGCAAUACUAUCUCUUGCUGGUAGAUACUCUGCUGAUAAAUGGGUUGCUGCUGCUCAAAUAAAUGCUGGUGGCUGGCAUGCUUCAUAUUACAGAAAGGGUAACGAUAAUGUGCAAGUUGGUGUUGAUUAUGAAUACAAUUCUAGAAUGCAAGACUCGAAUGUUUCAUUGGGUUAUCAAAUUGAUAUACCUAAAGCUAACGUUACUUUCAGAGGAAUGGUAGACACUAACUGGGCCGUUGGUGGUCUUUUUGAGAAGAAGCUUUAUCCAUUGCCAUUUUCAUUUAUUUUAAGUGGAAAACUAGAUCAUUUGAAAAACCAAAGCAGGUUUGGUUUUGGUCUGCAAAUUGGGUAAAAAAAAAAAAAUUCAGUAAAAUAGAAAAAAAGAUUCACAUCGCUUGUAAAAUAUGUUUAGUCUUUUUUUGAUACACAUUUUUCUCUGAACAAUAAGAAUAGUAAUAAAAAAUUUAAAAAAAUUGCUUUGAACUGUAAUUGAUUUUAAUCUUUAGAAAGUUUUUUUAGAUUUUUGAAAUUUAUAUAAAAAUUUUAAAAAAAUGUAACAAUGUAGAGUUUGAAAAUGACAUGUGAUUUAAAUACGUCUUGAUAGGCGGAUAUAUAAAGUUGUUUGUAUUUAUCAUUCAAUUUUAGCCUUCAAAUUUUAUUGAUAGCGAUGUAGAUUGAUUACUUGAAAUUGCAUUUAACAUUUUUA